AUGUUUGUGCUGUUUGGCCAGCGUGCUGCUCGUUCUCAAAUGCUGCCUCGACCAGCGAAUGUUGGUAGUGGCACAGACGGCCAGGUGAGCCUUCCGAUAGAGAGCCACAGUCUCGGCAAUCCCGACGGCAACUGCCUGCCACCUCGCGUGGAAGACUACGUGGAUCGGAGCUCGGUCCUAUCCGAGAUCCUUAGAAACUUUGACUCCAGCGGUGGGCAGCGUCCUCGCAGAGCUUGUGUCCUCUCCGGACCCGAAGGGAUCGGAAAGACAGUGGCUGCGAUCGAGCUGGCCCACUUCGCCUCCUCUCCUGGCCGCCUGUUCUCGAGGAACGUCCUGUACGUUCCCAUCGACGGCACGCCAGACAUAGCAAAUGUAGUUCAAGGCAUUUCUCAGUCUUUAGCAACACGAAGGCCGCCAGUGCUUUCGAGCGCCUCCCGGAAUCAAAAGGACAUCCUCCAAGCACUGCACCACUUGGACCAUACAAGGGGUCGACACCUGCUACUCCUGGAUGACCGCUGCGGAGCCGUGGGGGCGAGCUCUGAAGUUCGAAGCCUACUGAGUAACAUGCUGGAGGCGGCCAAGAAUUUGAGUCUAGUUGUGUGCUCGCGAGAACAGAUGUACGAGUCGUUGGGACCGUGCAAAUGCGUCAAUGUGCCAAUGGUAGCAUUGACUGCUGUACAGUCUGCGCAACUUUUCUUGAAGCGCAUGCACCGGCCCCUUAGACCCUGCGACUUUGAGCAGAACGCAAGCGCGCAGAUAGCGCUUGCCCGGAGCGAGGAGAUUCUUACGAGGCUGGCUCAGCAUCCAUUGCUAGUCCAGCUCGCGGGUAAUCCAGGGCAGGUGGAUGCCAUCUGCCAAAGGGUCACUCCACAGCUGCGGUCCUUGUUCGAUCUUUGCGGCGUGAGGGCAGCUCGAGCUACGUCGCUUGACGAGACCAUCGCGAGCCAUGUCUCCGUCCUCGUGCCGCAGGAGAAGACCAUCGAGCCUCUGCAGCUUACACGGAAAAUGUCCAUCGAUGGUGCAGUUGGAGAACUCUUGCCGAAAGCGAUGUCGAUGGAUGGACCUGCCCUGGCCCGUGCAAUGUCCAUAGACGAGACUCAGGCCACAGACAACGGUAUCGACCAUUUCUAG